AUGGCUCAACCCAAGAUCCUCAUCGUUGGCGAGAUUGUCUGGGCAGGGGAGGACGUCCAGCAGCUUCUAGCGCCCGUCUCCCAAGUUAUCACAUAUAACUCGCAAGACCGCAAGGACUUUUUAGAGGGCUUCAACCAAGGCGGCAAGUAUGAUGGCGUCGUCGGCAUCUUCAGAGACAACACAUCGGCCGACCACAUUGGGUUCUUCGAUAAGGAGCUCAUAGAUGGCUUUCCUUCGUCCGUCAAGUGGAUUGCCCAUAAUGGCGCGGGCUACGACCAAAUCGAUGUUCAUGCGUGCAAAGCGAAGGGCAUCACUGUGUCGAACACACCGGGGGCAGUAGACGAUGCUAGUGCCACCACAGCGCUCUACCUCCUCAUCUCCACUCUCCGCCAGUACUCCAUAAGCGAGCGCUCUCUCCGCGAGGGUAAUUGGAAGCCCAAAGGACUGAACAAGAUCAGCCACGACCUCACGGGGCGGACGCUCGCUAUUCUUGGUCUGGGUGGAAUCGGUAUGCGCUUGGCAGAACUCGCCCAUGCCUUCCCCAUGCGGAUCAUCUACCACUCGAGAAAUAAAGUUGCAGGGGCCCCCGGGUGGUGUGAGUAUUACCCCGACGUCGAGAAGCUGUUGGCCGAAGCGGACGUGUUGAGUGUACAUGUCCCACUUCGGUCAGAAACUGUGGGGCUGGUUGGCGAGAAAUGGAUACGGCUGCUCAAGCGGGGGUCAAUCAUCAUAAACACCGCACGCGGUAAAGUUAUCGACGAGGACGCCAUGAUCAGGGCUCUCGAGGAUGGGCAUCUCGCUUCAGUUGGGCUAGAUGUGUUCCCGAAUGAACCGGAGGUCAAUCCGCGGCUACUCGAGUUCCCCAACAUCACCCUCCUUCCGCAUAUGGGCACCGAGAAUCAAGAUACCCAGCGCAAGAUGGAGGUUCGAGCGCUAACCAACCUGCGAGACUUCCUUGUUGCGGGGAAAGGAAAGGACAUUGUACCCGAGUUGAAGUAA